AUGAACUCAACAGAAGUCUACUCGUCCGUCGACAAGCACUACGGUGCAGCAGCCAAAGCCCAGGACUCAAAUGGCUACGCCCAAAGAGUCGCAGAGGCAUUCGGCUACAGCCAACAAGACCUCGACGGAAUGCCAGAAGAAGCGAACUUGGGACUAAGCUGUGGCAACCCCAUCGCCCUGGCAAAGCUCAGAGAAGUACGACUUACAAGGUCCCCGACACAAAAAUCCAUACCAAAUAUUGACAACUUGAACAGGGCGAAACAGUCCUCGACCUAGGCAGCGGCGCCGGCUUCGACGUCUUCCAAGCCUCCAAGAGAGUCGGCCCAACCGGAAAAUCCAUCGGGGUCGAUUUCAACAAAGACAUGCUCGCCCGCGCCAAUGCCAUCAAGACCAAAAUCCAAAGCGACAAUGUGGAAUUCGUCGAUUCAAAAAUAACCAAAAUCGAAGUCCCGACUGCGAGCGUGGAUUGCAUCAUCAGCAACUGCGUCAUUAACCUCGUACCGGAGGAGGAGAAGCAGCAGGUUUUCAACGAGAUGUUCAGGCUUUUGAAAUCAGGGGGACGGGUGGCUGUUAGUGAUAUUCUGGCAAAGGGGGAGAUGCCGGACUCGGUUCGAGGGGAUAUGAGUCUGUAUGUGGGAUGUAUCGCUGGGGCGAGUGAGGUGGGUGCUUAUGAGAAGUAUUUGAGGGCUGCUGGGUUUGAUGGUAGGUUUUCAUGCCCUGAAAUGGCUUGUGGGUGAGGGCGUGCUGACCGUUUGGCAAUUGCAGAUGUUUUGAUCGUGGAUGCCAAGAGUGAUCUGAACGUCUAUUGGCAGACGGAGGGCGCAGAAGAUGCACAAGGCGUGAAUGCUUGCUGUGGGCCAUCAGCGGCGGCGCCACCAAAGCCUGCUGCAUGUUGUGGUCCCUCGAAUGAAACCAAGCAGGAGCCCAAAGCUUGCUACGGGCCUUCUUCCGCCAACGGUACAAGCGCCACCAACGGAGUAUCUGAGCAGAAUGGCAAGCGAGUGGACUUCAAUGAAUAUGCAGGUAAGUCCCGCAUCAUCCGGUCAGACGCUCGAACAAUGGAAUGCUGACAGCCACUAGGCUCAUACAAGAUCUACGCUAUCAAGCCAUAG